AUGGAUGAAGAGGGUCCAAGCGGAGAGUAUUCCCAACACUAUGACGCUUUAGAAGAACUCGGUCAGGGAUCUUUCGGAUUUGUUCGUCUUAGUCGAAGAAAAUUCGAUGGGAAAGAGACAGUGACAAAAUUUCUGCGGAAAUCGUUGAUCCCUUGUGAUGGUUGGAUUCGCUCGUCAACUAGGGGGAAAAUGGUGCCAAUUGAAGUGGAAGUGAUGGAAACUGUGAGACAUCCAAAUAUUACACAUUUAAUCGAUGCUUUUGAAUCUCCUUACUGGUACUCGCUUGUGAUGGAGUAUCGACAAAAUUCAAUGGAUCUCUAUGAGUUCUUAGAGUUGAGGCCGAAAUUGGAUGAUGGAUUGAUAUGCCACAUAUUUAGACAGGUUCUAGCCGCAACUUGCCACCUACACUCCUUAGGAUUCUUGCAUCGAGAUAUCAAGGAUGAAAAUGUCGUUAUUGAUUCAUCAUUCCAUUGUGAGCUCAUCGAUUUUGGCUCUGUUGCUCAAUUUGAUGGCUCGGUGGUAUUUGAUUCUCUUCAAGGAACUCUUCUCUAUUCACCACCUGAAGUCAUUGAAGGAUUAAGCUUUAACGGUCCUGAAGUCGAGUCCUGGCAGCUGGGAAUUUUAUUGUACACUUUGUCAACUUUUGAUAUCCCGUUUCACUCGACAGAAGAGAUUAAGAGUAAAGAAAUCGUGCUGCCUGAUCGGAUUUCUGAUGGUGCACGACAAUUGAUUACAUGGUUACUGGAAAAAGAUCCUGAGCAACGAGUGAGCGUGGAAGUGGCGGCAAAACACUGGUGGCUUCUACAGAAUGUACAAAAGUACUCGUGGAAUGAUGUAAUUGGAGCUCUUUCAAACGGAACUUGCUCGAAUGACGUGAUUGAUAUUGAGAACAAUCUUCUCUACAUGGCAUUUGGUGAAAUGGAAGUUGCUUCAUCUAUU